CAGGACGAGGCUGGCAGGCUGGGGAGGGAAGAGGGAUGUUGCUAUGUAGUCCUCUGAAGUCGGAAUUUUACACUUGAAUAAUCGGCGGGGAACGAGCAGUGCGUGUCGGUUCUCAUCUCUGAUGACUGUCAAUCCCCGCUCAGUGAGCGUCUUGCUCGUGCAGUGACUACCAGUCUUCACGUUCGUAGCAGAUCGAUAAAAUUGACAUGCUUGUUCUGAUAAAAUUUUGCUUCGGGAACUAAGUUGGACGAAGAAAGAGGACAACCUGUUUUUACAACCUGGGAGAGAGUAGUUGAUCGUUAACACGCUGUUGGUGGAGUCGGAAUGUUGGAGUCACAGACGCCGCCUCAGCGACUACAUCCGUCCCUCCUCCCCGUUCACCUGUAGCUGGUCAGCUGGUCAUCAGAGAGGUCGCGUGACCCACACGAUCAGGACGUGCCCAUGGAGCUAGCGAGGACUGCACGCGCGACUUGAUGAACUAAACUGUGUGUGACUCGAUGAAGCGCCUGCUCCAAUGGGUUGAAACGGACCAUACAGCACGGUUGUUGCCUGAUGAUGCAAACAGUGAUCACCUGGAGACGGCCGAUGGAUGCCAGUAUCUACCCUCCCACGGGCAACCCAUGCACCUACCUGCUGGGGAACGCGCUGUGCUACAUCAUCUCGGGGAUGCUGCUGCUAGUGGUUGGUGUUAUCAUAACGUCACUGACGUUCCAGAAUCUGGAGGAUUACCAAGAUGAGAACAAAGAACGUUACGCGGGUCCAGUGUUGAUUGGGGCUGGGAUACUGGUGAUCGCUCGCGGGGCGUUCAGUCGACUCCGGCCUCACAGGUCGAACCUUGCUCGGAGACGCUCGCUGUUGAGGCGUUACGUCAGGGAGGUGUACAGUCGCCCCAUUUUAGCAUUUCGUAACAGCUCCUCCCUGAGCCUGUGUGAUAUUCAAGUAACAGACCUACACGACUGCCCCAGAACGCGUCUGUACAGUGAUGAGCCACCGCCAUACGACAUCGUCACCAGCGACGAGUAUUUAGCUCGUCAUUGCCAGGCACAGACGAACCUAGGCCACCAGGUGGAGGAUAGCAGCUGCAACGGAAGUGACAUAUCUACUCUCGAACCGCCGCCAACGUAUGCAGAGUUCAUGAGAUCGGAGGAGAUGAGGACUACUCGGUUGUAGCACUUAUGGUGGGAAAUACAUUUACAAAGGUGAAUGCUCUGCAUGAGAGCACUGGCGUCAGUCAGCUUGGCCGACUACCCCCUGCUGUCGGGGCAGGGGUCUACCAGUGUAGGUGGUCAUGUUCGGAAUCGAGGCAUAGUUGGCAGGUGAUGUGUAAGAUUCUAGGACUAGAGGUGUCCAGCUUACUUCCACCUGCACAGAACGCGAUGGACUCGUUUAGUCGCUGGUGGAUUUUCAAAGAAGCUCAGAUAUGAGAAUGGAGGAAAUAUGCUGCUUCCCAUUGACGUUAGAUUUCGCGGCUGUCAGUGUCGCUCAUGUUUGUCGUGUGGUCAGUGGCUGUGUACUUGUCGCAAAUCACGUGACAGCCUACUACCGCUCAGAUCCCUCUUCACGUGGUCGAGGGCCUCAAGUGCACAUUAUCGUAUGUGUUGUGGAGUACGUGUUGCGCAUGUUAGUAUAGCCUCUUGGCAUAUUCCACAAACACCCCGAGACGUACGAGUUGAUCAGUUGCUGAACAUGUGCAGGAGCCAUGGUCUGGAUGAC